AUGGUCCACCCUUCCUCCACCUGCUGCAAGACCUCUGGUGAUGGCAGCUGUGUCUGCGCUGCCCAGGCCAAGUGCUCCUGCGGCAAGCAGAACGCCCUCCACUGCACGUGCAACAAGGCUUCGACCGAGAACACCGUGAGCGGCGCCCGAUGCUCUUGCAGAGCUCGUCCUGCCGGAGAAUGUACCUGUGAACGUUCGGCAACUGAGAACCACCCGGUGACGGGAGCAGCCUGCCCAUGUGGCAAGAGGUCUUCCACUUCUUGCACCUGUGAGAAGGCCAGCGCUAUUGACGCUGCUGUUGGUCUUGAGACUGACUUCACCACUCGGGCUUAA